GAAUUAGUUGGAUUAAGGGUAAAAGUAUUAUUGUAACUGUUACCCCAUUUAAGAAUUCGUUAUAUAAAUUUAUAAUUGACUUUUCUUUUCGGAUUUAUUUAUUUCAUCUCCACAUUUUCUAUCGCCUUAUCUUUCAAUUUUUAACUUUUUCAUUAGAUUCUCAUGAUCCAGAUCAAACAAUUUUAAACCACCCAAAUUCAUAACCAAGUUAACAAAAUAUUAUUUGCCAAUCUUUAAGUAUUGACAAAAUAUACUAAGUAUUGAUUGAGUUAACGAAAUAUCAAGUGAUUUCCGAAAUAUUUACCAAUCUAAGUAUUGAUUGAUUUAACGAAAUAUUGUCUGAAUUUACAAAAUUAUUACGGAGUAAAUAAAAUAUUAGUGUUGAAGAUGUCUACAGCGGAUCAGGUGGUGGUUAGGGUGAAGAAGUUCUUAUCGAACCCGAUUUUGAGUAGGAAGCAGUUUUCAAUAGAAGUGUUACAUCCAGGCCGCAGUAACGUGUCAAAGACAGAGUUAAAGGAACGUUUAGCAAAGCAGUUCAAGGUCAAGGAUAGUAAGACAGUAGUGUUGUUCGGCUUAAAGACACUGUUUGGAGGUGGCAGAAGCACAGGUUUCGGUUUAAUUUAUGACAAUUUGGCCUCACUGAAGCGUUACGAAAGGAGUUACAGACUUGUGAGACUGGGAAUUGAGGAGGCGAAGCCGAAACUGGGCCGUCGUGCCAAGAAGGAACUUAAGAACAGGAGGAAGAAAGUUAGAGGUAAAGAAAAGGCUAAAUGCACAGCUGGCAAAAAGAAGUAA